AUGGCACGAUACUUUAAACGCCUUCAACAGAAGGUCAAAUCCCUGAGAGGCCAUACCGAGGCCAUAGACUCUGCCAGCGCUUCUCAUUCUUCACGUCCGGUGUCGGAGACUGGCGCCGCCCCUCUUCCAUCUACCGGAGACAACUUGAAGACUGAAAACGACGCCUCUGCCCUCCCAGAAGAGAAGCCGGGCAUCAGAAAUGCCGUAGUUGCACCUGUGGCGGAAAGCAAGACGAAAAACGACCCAUCUUCAUUACGAAAGGAGGACCCGAUAGACAAGGAUGCAGACGUUGCACUCGUGUUCCUGUCAAGAGACCGCCAAGAUCUUUGGCGAGAGGCAUUCCUCAAGCUUGACGAUGCCGAACGGGCCGCCCUCGACUUCGCUCCCGCGACCGACAGUGAUGGUGGUAGGGGUCCCGAGAAAAAGCAGGAGGACAUGGGGUUGGCGAUACGAAAAAUACUUGAAAGUGCCAACGCCAUCAAGAAAAAAGAUGAGGAGAAACGGUAUACCACAAAAAUCAACAAGAUCAUCGACGGCACAACAAAGGUCAAGUCUUUGAUCGAUGCCGGGAUGGCGUAUGACCCGACCAUGUACGGGCAGCUCGGUUGGGCCGUUCUCUCGUUUGGGCUGCAGAUGGCCAUCAACGCCAGAGAGAUGCGCGAGUUCGCCCUUGAUUCCAGCGAGUACAUGGUCAACAUCAUUGCCAGGUAUAGCAUCUAUGAGCUGCAGUACAGUGGUACUGCCCAUCCUUCCGACACGACGGACGCCCUGCAGAAGUUUGAAGAGGGGGUGACAGCCGUUUACACCUCCAUUCUCAAGUUUCUGGGCAAGAUGAGAGAGUAUCUGAACCAGAAUUGGUUGGUACAUGGCGCUGCUGCUGUGGUGCCGAAAGCCGAGCGAACUUUGUCCAAGACCAAGGAGAGUAUUGUCGAGCAAGACCUCGCAGUACAAGACUGGCUGCCGAUUCUGGAGCAUGAGAGUGUCCAGGGCCAGUUUCAAGCCGUACUCAAGAAGCUGGAUGCGCUGGCCAAGCCAACUUACCAGGACGACAAGCAAAAACAGAAACUCGAAAGGAAUAUUCGCUCUAGGGCAGAGGUCGACUUCUCGCAAAAGUACCAGCCCGGCGCCUGGUUCUUGAAACAUAUCGACUUCCAGCUAUGGGCAGAUGCUCGGUGCUCUUGUGGUUUCUGGUUGCACGGAGAUAUGGGAGCCGGCAAAACCGUGUUGACGUCGACCGUCAUCGAGCAUUUUGAGCAACUCUACAAAGGAUCGUCGGGAGGGGCUCUUGCUUACUUUUACUGCUCUGCCUCGGAGCCAACCCGUGCCGAUCCUCUCAACAUCCUCCAGGAAAUCCUACGCCAGCUUGCCUCCACCGAGCCCGGCUUAGACAUCUUUCGAGAAUGGCAGAAGAAGAAGAAGCCGUCUAGCCUGACAAGGGAUGCCGUGCUCCGACUGAUCCUGCAGAUGGUAAACCUCAACGCACAUCGGCAGACGACGAUAGUCAUAGACGGACUUGACGAGAUUGACAGGGGCGGCACGGGCCUAACCUCCAUCACGGACGCGCUGCAGUACUUGAUAGAAGCAGCCGAUGGUCUGGUGAAAGUCUUUGUCUCAAGUCGUCCGGAGAGCCGUAUCCGCGACCAGCUACAGUCUUGGUCAGGAAUCUCGGUCGACCCCGGAUCUACACGAAGCGACAUUGAUACCUAUAUUGAACUUGAGGUAGACAGGCUCCUGAGACACAAAUCUCGAGUGGCAAGCCUCAAGCCGAAAGUCAAGCAAACUCUGAAAGAGCGAGCUGGUGGUAUGUUUCGCUACGUCCAAAUGUCGACAGAAUGGAUAUGCCACGGUGAGAGCCCUCUCGAGAUCAACCAGGCCAUCGCCGAGCUGCCGUCGGAGCUUGGCGGCAUCUACCACGGCCUGUUCGAGCGGAUACAGAGCCGGCGCAAGAUACACCAAGACUAUGCGCGUCUCGCUAUCUCGUGGAUCCUCGGCGCGGCACUGACACUCCGCGCGAGAGACGUGCUCCAGGCCAUCAUCGCGGGCAUCGAUGAUGUCGAUGAUGUAGCCAUCCUAGAAACCACGAUGGAUGAUGUACUCACGGCCUGUGAGGGUCUUGUAACGUACAACCAGGCGCGGGAUGUACUCGAGUUUGGCCACGUCUCCGUCCUCGAGUAUAUCCAGAAGGAGAAGCAGGAUCUGUAUGACCAAGCCCAGGUGCAUCUCCGGAUUGGCACCACUUGCGUCAGGGUGCUGGAGGGGAUGAAGCAGAUCUACCACUCACCGGAACCAAAAUCCAACAACAACAGCAAGAACAGCAGCGACAACGGCUGGGACAUACUUCGGCAGCGCAUGGAAUUCAUCGGCCACUGGGCGUGUUUCUCUUGUCCCACCAUCAAGGAACUGCCGUCGCGAGGCCGCAACGCCAGGACCUUUAUCCAAUACGCCAACCUCAUGUGGGCGUACCACUGUGCCUCGUCCGGCGCAAUCAUCCGCGUGGGAUCUGCCUUCGGAUCCGCCAAGACGAUUCUCCUCAACGGACAGGACCAUGACGCCUACGGCAUACUCCAAUUCAUCUCCGAGGAGCGUCUGAUUUAUAUGCCGUAUCGUGGCAGCCCGCACGAUCGGACGCUGCACUGGAUCACGCAGUUUGCAGUCGCCACCUCGGGAUUUGCGAGCCUCCCUGUUAGGCUUUUGGUGGUGACGCAUACGGGGCCUGAUGGGGAGCUGCAGGAGGCGCUGAUAGAAGGCCCGCCAUCCGCUAUUUUUAUGGAGUGCGUUGGUGGCCUUCCCAUCCUAACCACCUACCCCCCCACCCUCCUCCUCAACCUCCUCGCCUACGCCCUCCCUGCCCUCGUCCCCACCCUCUCCAAACUCUGGAUCGCCUCCCUCGACCCCACCCUGGUCGCCACCACCGACGUCUACACCUACAUCGGCGUCGUGGCCGAGGUGCUCAACGAGGGGCUGCCGCGCGCCGCGUGGUCCGUCAUUGGCGACCGGGCGUCUCGGACGUGGGGACAGAGACUGAGGCUGACGCAUACGUUGGUGGUGGUGCAGGGUGUGUUGGGGGCGAUAUUGAGUUUGGGGUUUUUGGGCGGGGCGAGGGCGUUUGCGGGGGGGGCCGGGAUCCAGUUGGGGUGUAACAUGACGGCGGCGGCGGCGGGGUUGGGGUACUUUUUGGUGAUGGUUAGUUGGAAGGAGCAUCGUCGGCAGAAAGAGAUGCGGCGGGUGGAUGGGGAGGAUGCGCAGGGGGGGCAGUCGGAGAUGGAGUCGGAUAUGUCGUUGGCACCGAGCAUCAAGGCGCUGAUGGUGAUUCUCCGUCCUGGGCUUCUCACCUUGGCUGAGUCGGCUAUCCGCAACGCGCUCUAUCUCUGGCUGGUCAGCAACAUCGUGUCCAUGGGCCAGACCUACGCCACCGCUUGGAGCGUCUUCAACACCAUCCGCUGGGGCCUCGUCAUGGUCCCCGUGCAGGCUCUCGAGGCUACGGCGCUGGCGUUCGUCGGCCAUCAGUGGGGAGCCUGGCGCCGCUCCAUCGGAACCAGCACUCUCCGUCCGGGACGCACCUCCCUGCGCACCGUCUUGGGCAUCGUCAAGCCGGCUUUGAUUUCGCUUGGUCUGGCCAUGGUCGUGGAGGUGCCCCUCGCCGUCUUUCUCUCUCUCUGGGGCGCCCGGUCGUUUGCGAGGUACCUCGGCGGAUCGGACGAAGUCGCCGAAGUGACAGCCUACAUGUGGCGGACCAUCGACUGGUGCUAUAUCUUCUACGCUGCGUCGACCCAACUAUCCACCAUCCUGCUUGCCACUCGGCCUAAGUGGUAUCUCUACCAGAGCCUGGUCAGCAACCUCCUGUAUGUCCUGCCAUGGGCCAUUGUGUGUCAGGUCAAGGCGCUGGAUGCCGGGAAUGCGUGGACCUACCACAGUCUUGUGUUUGGAGGGAGUCUGGUGUUUAGCUUUGUGGACGUUCUUCUCGUGGACGCCGUGUGGGUGUGGACGUUGGUGGCGGGAAAGGCCAAACUGGAGGUCUUUCGGGAGUAG